AUGGCCAAGAAGCGUCGUCAUGUAGCCGCGCCACACCGAGCGACAGCCACAGCAAGCCGAGAGGUAUCGGUCGACCAUGAGGCAAUGAAGAAGUCUCUGGAGUCAUUUGGGGCCAAUUAUGACCAAUUAAGAAGCGAAGUGACGGGAAUCUCGGCCAGUUUGGAGCGCACGCUCCUGUUGCAGAGUCUUGUGGCACUCGUCCUGCAAAAUGUACUCAUGGUUGUCCAGAGCGUGUCAACUACGCAGAUCGCGGUGGCAGUUGGAACUGCCGUCUGGAUGACUAGGGAACGUUUCGUGGAGAUGUUCUUGCCUCCUGUUUCCCUUCGAGUCGGCAGUGGCCGAGAAGUCCUUUUGAGAAGUUUAAUCCUUGUGUUGGCUAUAGUCGGACUGGGAGCUGUAUUUUAUCGAGUGGAGAUCCCACCAAGCGUCGUGCAUCUCGUGGCUUUCGCUGCAGUUUUUUUGCUGGAUCUUGUAUCAAUAUAUCUUAGUAAAGCAGCUAGAGGCCGACUUGCGCGCCCACAAAUCCUUUUGGCAGCCGUUGAAGUCACGCACUUGGUCGCUGGCCUUUCAAUUUCUCUCAAUUACGUAAGGAAAUCGUGGUGGAUAUACGAUGAAAUGGCCUUCGCACUCACGGCAGCUACAGCUUUCGUGCACGUUGUUGUACUGCUCACGGCGAAGUAUAUUGUACUCUAUUGCUUUGGCGAUAUGAACGGUGCCUUUAUGGAGACAAAGCAACGCGGAGCAAAGUUAAUGGAGAGAGUAUGGAUCGAUAUCGACCGCUUCGAACCUGAACAGCUUCUCGUGGGAGCCUCAAAGAAAAAGAAAGCUAAGAAUAAGUCUCGUACAAGCUCUUCCAAGACCGUCAGCGUCACUGCUGGCAAUGACAAAAGCGCGCUUCCAAAGAAGCAGUCGGUAUUCAAAGAGCCUCGUGUGCAGCUUGCUGUGUUGACACUGGUGCAGAUAUUGCUUCUGCUUUCUCAACUCGUGCUCUCUGUAUAUGUCCUGCAUUCGUGGGAGAUGAUAAGCGUGCUGAUGCUUAGUAGCUCCCACGUGCUCUGGACACUCGGUCAAGUGCGGCGAAAAGUGCUUUCACGCAAGACAAUUACAUCGGCAGACCAGAAACUAUAA